AAUACCGCUGUUAGGAACAACCUGCUCUGGUGCUGCGGAGUUUAACGAUCAGUUUUUUAGUUCUCUUACAAUACUAGCCGAAUGACAAGUAAAAAAAAAUGCUAUAAACCUAGUGGCAGAUACAUUUAACAACACGUACUAAUUCUGAUUUAUUUGGAUUACGUAAAAUUACAACUCAAAUACACAUUGAUAAUUAGUUUUGUAUUUAUAAGUUAAUAUUUGUAUUUAUUAUAAUGAAGGAAAAGAAUAACGAUUGAUGGAAAUUUAAUUGUUCAGAGUAAAUGUAAUUUUUUAGUAUAUACAUAUAUAUUUUUCCUUUUUUUGUUCACCUUGCUAGAGCAAUCGCACAAAAAUGUGUUUUAAGAGUUUCUUAGCUUUAUUUGCUCUAUUUAUGACCACGCUGACACUUCCAACUGAAUUGUUUGAAUCUGAAGAAGUUAUACCCACCAGGAUAAACAACAGACGCAGCGGACGCUUUUGGAAAAGAAGCGAAGAUCUCUCCACCUUCAAGAUUUCCGCUUUUGGAAAAGAUUUCUUUUUAAAUCUAAUCCAUGAUGACCAUUUUUUAUCUCCCAACUUUAUGAUUCACAGGGUCACAAGGAAACGUUUUCCUGACGGAGCGGACACAGAAUCUCGCAUUAGUAGAAAAAGUAAUCUGGGGGUCAUCGAAACGGAAGAGACAGUAUCCGAUUUGAGAAGGUGCUUCUACUCGGGCUCUGUGGACUCAAAUGUCGAUUCGGUGGUGGCAGUCAGCCUCUGCGGAGGAAUUAGCGGCUCGUUUGUUAGUGACGGUGAUGAGUACCUGAUAGCACCAAAAAAUACAACCCAUGGAGGCAGUGAAGCAUCGUACGAAAUGCCGCAUAUGAUCAGACGGAGAGUAGCAGGCAGCCAUCAAACUGGACAAAGAGUGAUGCCUGAUAACACUGAGCUCUCUACUGCCAAUAAAAAUAUCGAUUCUAAAUCGACCUUGAGAAACAAGCGCUUCGUGUCUGAGCCCCGCUUUGUGGAGACCUUGCUGGUGGCAGAUUCAUCCAUGACAAACUUUCACGGUGAUGAUAUCAAGCACUACAUUUUAACCCUAAUCUCUGUUACUGCUCAACUGUAUAAACACCCAAGUAUUAAGAACUCUGUACAUCUGGUUGUUGUGAAGGUCUUGAUUGUAGAGGAUGAGGAAGUGGGCCCAUCCAUUUCCAGCAAUGGUGAUUUGGCUUUACGCAACUUCUGCACCUGGCAACGGCACUUCAAUACUCAAAGUGACCGGCAUCCUGAACAUUACGACACUGCACUACUUUUUACCAGACAGGACAUCUGUGGAAAAAGAAGCUGUGACACCUUGGGAGUAGCUGAUGUGGGAACCAUGUGUGAUCCAGAAAGGAGCUGUUCAGUAGUUGAAGAUGAUGGACUUCAGGCAUCUUUCACUGCAGCACACGAGCUAGGACACGUGCUUAGCAUGCCACAUGAUGACUCAAAGACAUGUGAGAGAUUGUUCGGCAACCUGGGGAGGCAUCACAUGAUGGCGCCAUUGUUUAUUCACCUUAAUAAGACCCAGCCAUGGUCACCAUGUAGUGCCAUGUACAUCACCGAGUUCUUCGACAAUGGACAUGGAGACUGCCUGCUUGAUGCCCCGGCAAAGUCAAUGCCUUUGCCCACUACCUUGCCUGGCUUGGAAUAUGACUUAGAACAACAGUGCCAGCAGACCUUUGGUGAGGAUUUCCAGCACUGCCCCAACACAUCUGAUGCAGAUGUCUGCUCCCAGCUUUGGUGCAGGGAGGAGGGACAGCUUCUUUGCACAACUAAAAAUGGCAGCUUGCCCUGGGCUGAUGGAACAGCUUGUGGCAAUGAGAGGAUCUGUUUCAACAAGGAGUGUGUAGAAAAAGAGGAGCUCUUAAAGCCAAAGGUUCUGGUGGAUGGACAGUGGGCAGCAUGGAGUCUAUGGGGAGACUGUUCCAGAACUUGUGGAGGAGGAGUUCAGUUUUCUUACAGAGAUUGCAAUGAUCCUGAACCCCAGAAUGGAGGAAAAUAUUGUGAAGGCCAGCGAGUUAAAUAUCAGUCCUGCAAUAUUCAAGACUGCCCCAGUAACCAUGGCAAGAGUUUCAGGGAAGAGCAAUGUGAAAAGUACAACAGCUUCAAUUAUGUGGACAUGAUUGGAAAUGUCAAGCAGUGGAUUCCAAAGUAUGCUGGUGUGUCACCACGGGACAGGUGCAAGCUGUUUUGCAGAGCAAGAGGCAGCAGUGAAUUUAAAGUAUUUGAAGCAAAAGUCAUUGACGGUACACCAUGUGGACCUGAUACCACUUCCAUCUGUGUUCAAGGACAGUGUAUCAAAGCUGGCUGUGACCGAAUGAUUGGGUCAAACAUGAAGCUGGACAAAUGUGGGGUUUGUGGUGGAAAUGGCUCCUUGUGUCGGAAAAUAACUGGCACCUUGAAUAAAGUCAGGUAUGGUUAUAAUGAUAUAGUUACAAUUCCUAUUGGUGCCACCAAUAUUGAUUUAAAACAGAGAAGCCACAGAGGGCUGAAACAUGAUGGAAAUUACUUGGCAAUAAAAGCUGAAAAUGGGAAGUUCCUUCUGAAUGGGAAUUUCUCUGUGGUUACAGUAGAACAGGAUAUCCCUGUGAAUGGAGCCGUUCUCAAAUACAGUGGUUCUUCUACCACACUAGAAAGGAUCCAGAGUUUUGGAAAGCUACAAGAGCCAAUUGUGAUGCAGCUGCUUGCCAUGGCAGGAGAAAUGUCACCACCUAAAGUCAAGUACACUUUUUUCAUCCCAAAAGAUAUUUCCUUCAACAAGCCCAAGGCAAAAAAACCUUCCAUGCAUGUAAUCCCACCGUUUGGUGUGUCCCAAUGGAUCCUUGGGGAGUGGUCAGAAUGCUCUAAAAGCUGUGGCUCUGGCUGGCUGAGGAGAAAUGUGGAAUGUAGAGAUACUAGUGGGCAGCUCUCAUUUGACUGUGACAGAGCUCUGAAGCCAGAGGACAUUAAGCCAUGUGGAGAUCUUCCUUGUCCUCUUUGGCAAAUGGGCCCAUGGUCAUCUUGCUCACGAACUUGUGGUGAAGGAGAACGCAGACGUAGUGUCUUCUGUAUUGACUACACUGGGAAAACUGUAGAGCCAGAAAAGUGUGAUCCCACAAAGCGACCUAUGGUGGUCACUGAGGCAUGUAAUUUCCAAGAGUGCUAAAAGCAAAUUGACACCAAAUGUGAUAGAUUAGAGAAUGACUAACAAGCCUUGACCGUGCUUCAAAAACAAGCAGGGAAUCGGUAGUUGGACAGUGAAAGUGCACUAACUGACCUGAGCAGGUCAAAACAGAGACCUGUUUGAAAGCUUAAUUUGACUUUCAGUUUUAUAACCACUAUUGAUGUCUGACCCAAUAGAGAUCUACCUCAGUGAAAAUAUUAAUAUUGAUUGCCUUGCAAGUAAUAAGUUAAUAUGUUUUAAGUAGAUUGUGGUUCCAACUGCGGAAAGCAACCUUUGCAUGAAAACUGCUGACAGCGUCUUUGGAUUGUAAAAUACCUCUGCUUCUCAAAAGGCUAUGCAUUGCUAUGCCAUGGAAAUGCAGCAUACAACUACACUGGAGGCUAAAUUUGAGUUGGCUGACCAGGAUGCUCAUCUUAAAAUAUCCAGUGUUACCCAAAUAAGCUGCUGACAGAUUAUUUUUGAAUGUUUAAUUCAGCUCCUUAUGAUCUUAAUGUGGAAUAACUAAAUUGUAAACAAAACCUUAAAAUGUUUAAAUUAUCAAAAGUAAAUUUUUGUGCUGCAGGGGAAAAAAAUAGAAAGAAAAGAAAUUCACUGCUUGUAUGAAAUGAAUACCAGUUCAGAUAUAUGGUCAUAUUUGCAUGGCUACAAGUUUGAGAAACCAGUGGGCCAAUAAAAAUGUGCAUUAUUUUGGUUUACUGGGAUGCAUAAUAUCAGCUGCAAGACAGAAACAAAAUGUCCACACAGGUCAUUUCUCUAUAAUGUCCAAAUUAUUUAUGCUAUGCAUGUGAACUGUAGAGAGGAUUUGAAAUUUGACAUCUUCCUCAUUUGAUCCUCAGAUGAAAAUUAGCUGUGACGAGUCUUUCAAGGUACUCUGGGUGAUACACUAAGAAUUUUUCUGAGGCAGCAUCUGUUCUGUCAUUCAAAUGAAUGAUCCUAAUGUAUCUCUGUAAAUGUACAAAUAUAGUCCUUUUGUCCAAAUAACAUACCUUCUAAUUAUUUUGCUAACAGGUGGUCAAAGAUUUAUUUUAAUGAACUGAUUUCUUCUGUACUUUCCAUUGUGGGGAUACUUAUUCUAGCAUGUAGUAAUUACAUUUCAUAAGUGGAGGUGAGUGUAUGUUAAAAGGAGGAAAUGCCAGUUUAAAUCGAUACAUGGUUACCAUCUUAGGAUGCUGCUGCAUGAGUCAGUUAACACUUUAUUACAGCUCACACUAUUUCUUGAAUGCUAUAAUGGUGUUAUUCCUAGGAGUUUAAUAUUGAUCAUUUAAUCCAGUGAUUUUUGCAAUAUAUUUACAUAAGAUUGCAGGGAAAGUAAUAGAGCAGGUCACUCACAAUUAUUAUGCCUAUUUGAUGUAAACCUGGUAGAGAGAUCCCCUAACUAUAAAUGCUAUAACUUAGAUUCAAUAUGAUGGAUUCAUUUUUGGGUAGCUAAAGUUGCUGCUGUGUCUUUGGAGUGGCACUGAAUGUGACAUUAUCUGUUCUGUGAAAAAGAGCACAGAAAUAUUUCAUCUGGAAACAAACUAGAUUAUUGCAAGAAGGGAGCAAAGAAAAGGAACGUGUGGCUGAGAAUUAUAGAAAGCUUGUGUCUGCUUAGUACAAAGCUGUUUCUAAUCGAAUCCAUUUGCUGUUGAGAUGAAUACCUAACAUAGAGCAUAAACAUAAACUUUCCUACAUCAGAAAAUUUUACUUUAAAAUGUAUACUGAAAACAUUUGUAAACAAUUGGUGAUAAAUUCAUACAAAACACUGAAAACAAACUUUUGCUUAAUUUAGUUCUCUCAACACAUAAUAUCUAAUGAAGGCUAGAAUAUGUUUUUACCAUUUAAUCUAUUGACAGAAGGCAUUUUAAAUAUAAUAUUUUUAUCAGAAAAGAGGCAUUUUCUGUUCUAUUUGAAUCAGUGAGAAAGCAGUUAAAAAGAAUUCAAAGUAACAAGUGCUUCAGCAUUUGUGAUAAUUGGUUGCCAAUAAACAACCUCUUUUAAAAGCACAACAGCUUGACUUGUAUUAUCAUCGUAUGUUACACAAAAAUUGCUAAAGAAUUUCCCCACAAUGUAAUAUUUGACUGGCAAUGUAAUGUUGUGAUAAUUUUAACUUUGACUUGCCUGGCAAAAGGGCAACAUUUUAGAACAAAGUAUUUCUAACUUAGCACAACUACCCCUAUCCUGCAUUGUAGUAAAAUGUUCUAUAUAUAAAGGAAGUCAAAACUAAUUGUAUAAAUGUAGCAUUCCAGUAAUGUACAAAGACUACGGCAUUAUUUCCCUUCAGUGAAGGAAUUUAGUAUUGUAUUAUUUAGCUUCCUUUAAAAAAAAAUAUUUAUUUUUGUACAGUUUCUACCUUUUGACAACAAUGUACAAUGGUUUUCGGUUUAAAGAUGCUGCUGUAUUACAGAAUGAUCAAAGAAUCAAAUACUGAAUCUGUGGUGUGUAUCAUUGUUUUGUUGUACUGGUGAUUAUUGGAUGAAAUGUUACAGGUGAUGAGAUUUAUAAUCGAGCUCCAAAAUCAAGAAACUGAAAUAAACUGUCUAAUUUUUAUAAAA